AUGUCGGCCCGCGUGCUCGCGGGCGCGCUGUGCUUCCUCGCCGUGCCCUGCAGGGCCGCGGAGCUCUCGCAGGAGGCCCAACACCGGGCGAACCCCAUCAGGAAAGUGGUGACGAUGCUGCAGGACAUGAAGAAGCAGGUCUCGGACGAGGGGGUGGCUGAGGAGAAGGCUUUUAAGAGCAUCGCAGCCUCCCAGGCCAAGAUCGAUGCCCUGGACAGUUCUAUCAAGGAGCUGUCCGAGAAGAAGGUGGCCACCGAGGCCGCUCUGAAGGAGCACACCGCCAGCCGCGCCGAGGCGAAGGAAACGAUGAGCAAGGCCACCGCGCUGAGAGACACCGAGCGCAAGGCAGCCCUCAAGUUCAGAUCGGACAGCGACGUCAACAUCAGCGCCAUCGCGGCUGCCGUCAAGGAGCUGUUCAAGAAGACGCUGCCCUCCGCCUCGUCCAGCUUCGUGCAGGUCCAGCAGGGGCUCGCCACACUGCGUGCCCAGGCGCUCCGGCUGCUGCGCUCCGCGCCCAGCCGCGGCCCGGAGAUCGACCUCGUGCUGCUGGCCAUGCAGGGCAAGACGGCCGGCUUCGAGAAGGUCAUCAAACUAAUCGAUGAGAUGAUGGUGAAUCUCAAGAAAGAGCAGGCUGACGACGACAACAAGAAGCUGUAUUGCGAGACGGAGCUGGACAAGUCCGAGGACCAGAAGAAGGAGCUCGAGCGGGGCAUCGAGGUGUCCAGCACGGCCAUCGAGGACCUCAAGGCGGCGAUCGCCACCUGGACCCAAGAGAUCGCCGACCUGAAGGCCGCCAUCGGCGCGCUGGACAAGUCGGUCGCGGAGGCCACCAAGCUUCGUCAGGAGGAGAACGCCGAGUUCAAGGAGCUCAUGCAGAACAACAAGGCCUCCAAGGAGAUCCUGCUGUGGGCCAAGAACAGGUUGAACAAGUUCUAUCCAGGUGCCUGCGGCAGUUCUGCCGCAGUGCAAGCACAGUGUUCAUUCAUCCAUGGAGGGAUGAUGGUUCGAACGAUCGUUUUCGAAGAGGUUCAAUUGAACCAUCUAGGAGCAGUUUGGGAAGCAUGGGUGCGAUUUUGA